CUCCCGUUUCCUUUUUCAUAUAUUUUUUUUAUUACGAAGUUCAUUAUCACUGUUUCACGUUAUUUGUUAUUUUUGAAACAGCUUUGAACGAGCGAAAAGAAAAAAGGUCAUACGUCCCAACGCGAUUUCUUCAAGAAUGGGCAGGUGCAAAAAAAAUCAAAUGACAUAUCUAUUAUCUAUAAUUUACGUGGUUUUCAUAUUUCCUGAUUUAUAUGAUCUGCAAGCUGUAUGGUCUGCGUUAAAGAAGCACGUUAUGGGCAGCUGACUCGCGGCAUAUUGGCGAUCUUUUUUAGUUUGUGGUCUGUGGUCCGAGUUUUAAGCUAACCUUCGAUAAUUUGGUUGGUCACUUUUUUUGCCGGUUUUUUUAAUACAAAUUCUCGUAUAUUACAAACUCUUUUGGCUUGAUUUUGUCGGUAUAUUCAUAUCCUUAAUCAUCUGGUAAGUAGGUUAAAGCGGCUAAUUUUAAGUUUUAUUUUAAGAAGACUCAUAUUUUUUAACCUAGUUGGGGGUUAAAUCGUUAUUUCCUUAUUUCGCUUAUUUAAAAAUGAACAAGUUGGUAAUACCCCCGUCACCAAAUUGGUACGAGAGUGGAAUUGGGGCCUGUGCUCCAGAUAAUACCUUGGUAUACGGAGCGCGAGGGGACAUAGUGGUCAUACAGCCAACUUUUCUGGGGGAACCGGACAAUGUCAGUAUUAUAGGAAAAGCACAUUCUCAGAGAGUUAUAUCUGUUUCCUUGAAUAAAAAUUGGGGAAAGCCUAAUAAACUAGCGGCUACUGUAGCCGAAGAUAAAAUUGUGAAGGUUUGGAAUCUUUGGACUUUGGAAAAGAAAAUUUCACAUGACAAGCAUCUUAAUCAAGAAAAAGUUGCUGGGGUAGCAUUUGCUGCAGAUGACAGAGUGAUAAGUGUUUCAGAGAAUGGAGUUGUGGUUGUAUGGAAUGUGGUGUUGAACCAAACUCGUGAGUUGAGCAAUUUGUUUGAUUCCAAAGUUGUAAUUACAUGUUUAUCAACAUGUCCCCAUGCCAGUUGGCUUACAGCUUUUGGACUUAAAAGUGGGCUUAUUGUCAUCACAGAUUUAAGAGGAAGUGGUAAAAUCCUGUACAAAUUACGUGGUCAUGACAAGCCUGUUGUGUCACUCUCUUGGUGUCCUGUUCCAUUCAAUAUAUUUCCUAUUAGACCUCAAAAUGAGGUAGGUGGUAAAGACGUUAAAGGCAAAGAACGAAUAGCACCAAAUUCAGAAAGACAUGUUGAGCCUUCAGCCACAAAAACCCAUGAAAUUCCAGGUGACACAGUCAAUAUUCCAAGCCCAAACUUGAAUGUGGGUGAGGAAGUCGAACCCCCACAAUUAAAUUCUUUUCAAAAUGAAGACUUUAAAGAGUCUUUGCCCAAUGGAGCAAAAUCUGAAUGUGUAAAGGAAGAAGUUUCAACACCAACUGAUCGUAACAUAGUGGACAUGGAUUUAGAUUUGACUUUAAAUCUCAAAGAAGGAAGUAUAUCACCAGCUACAGUUGGUCAGAGGAAAGAGAAUCUAGAUUUGGUUGCUCCCAAUUUAGAUGCGGUUGUAGAAAAUAUUGCAAAAGAUAAAGAUAGUCUCUUACACUUGGAGGAAACAGGCGAACCAAUUGUAAGCACUGAAGAGGCUCGAAGGGAGUUUCUUUUAGCAUCUUCUGCAAGAGAGGGUAAUAUCUACAUUUGGCGAGCUGGCACUGAUGGGCGGCUCCAAGCUUUUAUCAAUCUUACCCAGAGUAAAGCUCAAUCUAGAAAGACACGCUCAUACGACAAAAUGUUUAUCACUUUGUGCUGGGUUUCACCCAAUGCCCUGCUAUCUUCUUCCAAAUCCGGUGAGCUCUUCCAAUGGACUUUGCCAAAACCACAGGAAGUGUCAAAACAGUCUCGUUUAAUCCAUCGCGACCAUCACGGGCUUAUAUUUAACAUAUCCGCACCCAUUAAACCAUUAAAGGAAAGCGAAGCAUCAGACGAAUACAACGUCUGGUCAUUGGGUCAAGACCGUUUGGUCCUCAACACAGAUCUGCAGAAGGAGAGGAAAAAUCUGAACUGUUAUCCUACACUAGGUGCCAGCAUUACCUGUUUUGCCCAAUCUCCGCUGGAUCCAAACAGAUUGGCUGUGGGCACCAAUGACGGUCACAUUAAAGUAUGGGACCUCAGCGUGGAGCACACUAAACGUAUAGUGUUCUCCAGCUUCUAUCAAAAAAUCCAAAGCAAAGUGACAACUUUGGCAUGGCAUCCAGUGCAGGAACGGUUACUGGCUUAUGGCACGGCGGAGGGACGUGUUGGCAUAGUGGAUGCAGUAUCGGAAUCAAAACUUCCGAAACUGUUUCCCGAUUUUUUUCAAUCGCAGAUAUAUAGAGUAGACUGGGGUCCUAUGGGGGGCAAGAAUUCGCACAUAGGUUUAUAUGUGGUGGCUCAGGGAAAAUUGGUCAUUUUCGAUAUUAAAGCUUUCGAUAAAGAUCCGACUGUAGUGGACGUCCCCGAUAACACUUUCGUUUAUACCAUGUCCUGGAAACCCGACUACACUGUUAUGACUUUGACAACUAAAUCGGGCGCAUUGAUGAUAUACGGGGCUGAUUUGCAACUAAAUCGCACCUUGUACUUACACCAAAAGUUACAGUCUAUAGUUUGGCAUCCCGCAGCUGCCACUUCCACCUCCCGGUACUCCAAGGUUUUUGCCACCACCGAAAAAUUUUCAGAGUGCGUCGUAUAUGACCUGAGCAUUCAAAGUGAUGACAGCGACCGAAUGGUAAUGGCGAAGUUUGAAAAUCGGGGUUGUGUAGUGAAUUGUGUAGCAUGGAAUCCACACUGUGAGACUCAGCUCGUCAUGGCGGGAGACGAUGGUGUUUGUCAGAUUUGCGAUGUCGAACAGGACACCGUUUUGCUCACCUACACGGACCCAAAUUUUGAUGGCGUAACAACAGUGAUAUGGAGUCCUUUGGACAGUGAUUUUAUUGUUGCGGGUUCAGUUGCCCAGAAAUUGAUCAUUUUCAAGGUUUCCGAGCAACAUUUUGUUCCCAAUUCUGAAAUAACAUCUUUGAGAAACAAAAGACUGGCUGCUCUGACUAAAGAGGCGACCGAUUUACUACCCAAAAUUAAACAGACAGAAAACGAAAUGAACCAGAAAUCAUCGAAAAAUAGCUCUAAAAGUCAGAUUCUGCCGGUUUUUUAUACGCCAAAGGAAACAACUCAGGCUUCUGACUUGAGGCAGUUGCUGUCGCAGAAAUCUUCGGGAGAGCCCAGCGCGCUCCAGCUAUUCGGAAGUCGCGAGGAUAUGUUAAAAAUCGUGGACGCCAAUAUAAAAACUUUAAACUCCCGUGGAAAAUACCAAUCGAGCAACACGUUGUCCCUUUGGAAAGGGGACAUCAAUUGUGCUAUUAAAGACGCGAUCAAGGAGAAAAGGGUAACCCCAUGGAUAUUAUCGUUGUGCCCCAUGGUUUCCCCAAAGUUGUGGCAAGAGGGUUGCGAUACGUACGCCAAUCAGUUAAUGGAAGAACCCAACGCCGACCCGUUAGAGAUUGUGACUUACCUUUUGGCAUGUCAUAAACUCGAACAGGCAGUCGAGGUCCUCUGCGAUAGAGGUCUGUUACGCGAGGCUUACGUCUUGGUUAAAUCUAGGUUGCCGGAUGACGACCCUAUGGUUAAAACAACCCUUGAAAAAUGGGCCAAGGGAUUGACUUUCAAUGGCAGUUUCGAAAUGGCCGCAGAAUGUUACAUUGCUCUGGGUAAAUACGAGGAAGCGGCUUCGGUAUUGUUUAGGAGAUCCAAUGCCGACCUGCUCGAGGUAGCGGUCGACAUUGCGCGGAAAUCAGGCAACGAGGAGCUUCUCAAGGCGGUCCUAUUCCGGUUCAACGCGUUCAGGAAUGCCAGUCCCAGUUGCGAUGGCGAGUCACACCAAGAGAAACGGGAUGUAUCGGAAGAAGAAUCGAUCGAAAACGGACACAAUGGGUCAGAUUCUUUAGUGAAAGUCGAGAGCGAUGCAGUGCAGAUGUCGAACGAACCCAAUGCCACAUCAGGUAGCUUAUCGGGAAACGGCGACACUAAGUUCGUGGAAGAAAAUAGCGUCGGAUCGAGUUCGGGUAAUGCGGCGCCAGACCCGAGCGGCGAACCUGAAUUGGAAGCGUGUCUCUUAGAAAACCCAGUUGAAAGGGAGUCGGUAAAUCCAGCAUCAUAAAGUUUCUGGAUCGUCACUAGCGAACAAGAUUUUUUUUGUUUUUGUUUGGUAUUAUGUUAGAUUAAACGAAGCGAGAUUAUUUUUUUGUUGAUUUGUGUUCAGUAAGAGUCGCUCACUCUUUUGUUUUUUUUUAUGGAAAAGUUGAAAGUUUUUUUGUUGGGAGUGCCAUUUGUUAAGUUUUUAGGAACAG